AUGAAUUCGAUUGAUGAUGAUGAUAAUGACGAUGCUCUCUUACGUGAUCCAUAUGGAAAAUUAAAAGUUUUUCUUGACCAAAACUUAGCAUCAUUUGGCCAACAAUUGGAUGAUGAUCAAGUUCAAUGUGAACAGCAGAUUCAUUCAACUCAUGUGCAAGUUGUCAAAUGGGCAAAUAGUAUCGUUGAGCAAGCUCAACGUACAGAAAAACAAAUUACUAGUAUAUUAAAAGAUUUGUCACUUAAAAACGCCGAAACAGUGCAUGAGAAUAAUGAAAGGUACAAUAAAAUAAGUAAACAGGUAACUUGUCUUUGGAAACAAAAACAGUAUAAACAAGCACUGGUAGUCUGGAAAGAAUUUGCAGGCAAUUUCCACUAUCGUCCACAAGUAAUUAAGGAUAUUCCAAUAUUAGUUAUGAAAGAAUUGAAUUUAAAUGACUAUUUUUCAUAUGGAAGGCAAGAAGAGCAGACGACAACCACGAAUGGAAUGAUAAAUGUUAUAAAUGAAACGAAAAUUGUUAAAGAAAAUACCAAUGAAGACACAGUUAAGCGCAAAGAAGAAUUAACAUUUGGACCAAGCAGUAUAUUUUAUGAUGAUGAUAAUGAUAAGAAACAUAACGUUGUGUUAUCUUCGAGAACAAAUGAUUGUACAGAGCGUUCAUCAUCAUCAUAUCUUCGGACAACAGCUGAUCCAUUCUGUUUGCGUCAAUCGAGUAAAAAUGACGUAAUUCUUUCUACAUAUCCUUCAAAACGAUGUGUAUCUACAACUCCAUCUCACCAACAUAAUAAAAAUAACAAUUAUAAGCAUCGUCAUCGUUCUUCAUCUCGUACCAGUUCACGCACUUCCGAGAAUAAGUAUACUUGCCAAGUGAAUCAAGCUGAUAUGUUAGAAAUAAUAUUUGAUAUUUCUUUUGAUCAUCAUGCACGUAAUAAUCAUUCUCGUUUUUUAAUGGCGUACGACAAACAAAAUAUACUGUUAGUGGUAUCGAAUAAUAAUAUAUUGGACAGCAUCGAUAUUCAAUCACGCUGUGUUUCUCGCUUGAUUUGGGAAUCGACAGAAACUAUCGUAUCAUUAGAUUAUUCAUUGAAUCGAAAGCUAUUUUGUCUGUUUACAAAACAACUGAAUUUACUGUUAUAUGAUCAACGUGAUCAAGGUAAUGUCGUCGAUAAUAUAUCUUUAACGUUGUCUCAUCCUGACGAGCAAGAUGAUGAUAUUCGUGAGUUAUUGUCGGGUUGUAUUUAUGAUGAUUUUAUUUACUAUAUGUAUCGAAAUGUAUCCAACAUUGUCAUGUUGGCCAAACGAUCACUACAAACAUAUGAACUUGACUUCGUACCGAUGGAUCUAACUUUCCUGCAUCCAGAGGUUGAACAAUUUCAACAUUUUACAGUCAAUCACGAUCAUUUGAUUUUAUUAACCCGCACAAAACAACAACGAACUAAGGUUUCUGAGAACAACUGUGCCGUUCAACGAGAAGUGCCAACGUAUACGAUAGUGUUUUUGAAUUUUGAUUUGACAUAUUUAAAUUCAUUUGAAUUAUUAGAUGCAAAACAUCCGUUAACAAUAAUAUUCAACGAACAUAAAAAUCUAUGGUUGAUCAAUGAUCCACAAGCACAUUGUAUUCAUUGUUGUAACUUUGAUUCUUAUGUACUGUCAAUCGAUACAAAUGCAUAUGCAUUGUGUUCGUAUGAAAACAAUUUGGCGCUAAUACACAAUAAAACUGUUAGAGGAUUGCAUUUAGCACGAUAUUUAGAAAAACUUGUUUUUUGA